CGAUUUCUGUGUUAAAAUGUUGUAACAAUGUUGCAACCACUCUAAACAAUUACGCAAUAUUGUCAUGACGCUGUGUUGAACUCAAAAUAGUCCUUACGAAUCAUCCCUUGUAAUAUCGCCUUUAGCCUCAACCCUGCCCUCCCUGUAACUUUAUAUGUCACAUGCAGGAUGAAGGGAAUAAUACAUUUAUUUUCGGUGUCAGACCACGUGUGAACAAGACCCCCAGAAGUGAUGGAUUGCCAUAAAUCUUCAGCGUUGUGAGAUAUAUAUUCUGUAUGGUACUAAAAUGUAUACACACGUGUGGUGUAUUUACCAGAAAAGACAGCUAAUAGCUUUAAGAAGGUAAUAAUCCCCCGACCCAUCCCAAAUAGGGGCACCAGCCCCACCUCUGGCCUCAUUCCCCUGACUGCAUUGAUGCUGAAAUGAAAACACAAAGUGUCACAAGUUAAAGGUUAUUAGAACGGUUAAUUAGAUUCACUUCGCAAUUAAUCACUUGCAUCUUGUGACCAUGAAAAUCUUAAAGAUGUUACAUUUUACCGGAGUUUCCAUCUCCUCCGCAUGUUAUAUUUCGUCCACAAUGCAAAUAUAGCUAAAAAGGUUGAAAUCAUCUAGCAUAGAUUAGUUCAAGAUUCGCUCAAGUACCCACUUGUCUCGCCAGUAGCUGUUCCCUUACUUAUUAUAAUUGUACGUGUAUACAUAUAUACUUUAUUAUACUUCGUCCCCUAACAGGGCUUUUCAGAAGUAUAUACAUAACUAAAUCAAAAUUAAAUAUAAAUGAAGUUGGAAUAUUUAUAACCUAAUCUCUAUUACUGUAUCCAGAUGAAUUGUUAUAGUUCUGAAAUAGCAUAAAAUGGCCUAACAUAUAUCAUGUUAAUUACUAAGAAAUUUUUCACGCAAAGUUUUUUUGCAGUUUUUUCGCAAAUUUUGAGCCUAUCGCUUAAGGCGUUCCAAAUUAGUUUAACCCUUGGUAAUAAAAUGAACGUUGACCAUGCAGUAGUUGUUUUAAGGAGCGGAAUAUCCAGUAACUGAGAACUCCGAGCUUAGCGGUUUGAAAUGCUAGAUCGUUUUACAAACUUAUCCCCUAAAUACCCUAGGGCCAUACCGUUAAUACAUCUGAAGACUAGGAUAGCUUUUCUAAGAUAUAGCUGUUGUCUUAUAGGUAACCACUUAAGUUCUUUUAAUAUUUUUGAACAGUCUAGAUAUCGAUCUUGUUAAGACUGGUUUUAGUUGUGUUGCCCUAGACAGACGAACAGUUAAAAAGCUUACUAAAAACUAGGGCAUUGCUGAAGAUCAUCAAAAUGUGUUUAUCAAACAAUGUUUCUCAAAUCACAUCCCCUUCUUUCAAAAUUCAACAUACCAGCGUGGGGGCAGCUUUAUUAAUUUACUUGUGAGGUCGUUUACAAAUUUCGGGAAGAUAGAAAACGAACUGAGACCUGCUCAAAAACACUUGAAAGAAAACAGCCAUCUUGAGCUGAAAUGGAAGCGCCGCCGUCUCUAUCUGAAGCCUCGAGGAGGGCUGGAUGUUACUGUUGAAGUGGCCUCACCGCGAUCGAGUGUUUUCAUGUCAACUCUUGGUCAUUAUUGCUACUUGUUUUUAUUGAGUUAUUAACUAAAAGCCAUCUUGGGUGGGGGGGGGGGGGUACCCGCAUCUUCCCUCCUCCCCCCCCGCCCCGCUCCGCGGAGGGGAGGGGGCGGCCGCCCCUUCUCUCGGGGGGGCGGGGGGGGGGGUUGUGUGUUUUUGUGGUGGCGCCCCCCCCGUUUUGUUUUUUUUUUUUUUCUUUUUUUUUUUUUUUUUUUUUUUUUUUUUUUUUUUAUAAAAAAAAAAAAGGGUUGGGGGGGGGGGGGGGGGGGGUACAAAAUAUUUGUAGCGAUGUUCCUGGGAGGAUCCCCUAAAGUAGCAAUGCCCUAUAUUAGAACGUAACACAGGGUGGACCAGAAGAGGGGUGCUAUUCUGCAAGGAGAGAAGGUCAGAUGGUGAGUUGUACCAUUUGGGAGUAAGCAAUCCGGACCUGUUGCCAAGGAGGGUUAUCCCACAUACUGUGGGGUAAAGUGCAGCCCAGGGUGCACUUCCCUGUCGCCAAUAAAUAAGUAACAAAGUAAAAUGUACAAACACCUAGGAUUUAAUUGAUGGAUAAAUCAAGCGAAUAUUUUUUUAUAAUGGUGGCAACUUAAUAAAUAAUAGAAUGUAACAAUAAUCUAAAAAAGGGUAAAAUCAAAUAGCAUAUGAUACAAAUCAAAUAGAAACAGGCAGGAAAAAGGACAGCCAUAGCGAUCAGUGGAGAGAAAACUUCCAGUUGGUUGGGAGGGUGGAAAAAAUGGAAUAUGCAAGUGCAAGUCUAAGUUCUUGUUUGAAGAGUGAAGCUGAAAUGUGGCUAGCUAGUGGCAUGAGGGGUUUACAUAGGGCAAGACAGGUGCGACUCAUGUGAUGCUGUCGAAAAUUACUGGGAGCUUUGGCAGACACUUUAAUAUUGUAAAAGUAAAAGUACUUUGAGCUAAGAAAUGAGCUAUUGACUGUUGUACGAGCCUUGAUUGCAAAAGCGAGGAGAGUAGACAACAAUGGGAACAAGUGAGGAAAGAACUAGUACUGCCUUAGGGCUCAUUAACCACGGUUUAGAGCUCUAUUAAACACCUAUAACAUACUUUAUGCCCUAUUUCUUAGCAGAAUAUGAUCAUUUAUUGCGUCUUUUUUCUUCCUACCUUUAAAGCUUACCUCUAUUCCCUUUCCGAUUCUGUCUCUGGUACCUGUUGCUAUAUAUUCCCAUUCCUGUUCUGAAUUUCGGAUGUCUAUUGCCUGGUUUUCCAGACACGAUGUCCACUUUAAAUUGUCCUCAAUGACAGGUAUGCGAUGAAGUUUAAUUAUGUUAAGUAUAUCUUUCCUGACAGAUAGAACAAGAAAAGACUUCAAGCAGAUGAAAAGCGACAUAGAGACGCUGAAGACUUUGGUUUCUGCGACCAAAGAGGAAGGUGAGUUUCCCCACACUGUAGACUACUUAGAGUCUCCUUUGAUCUGAAGGCUCACACAGGUGAGUCGGUUCAAAUGACGGGAAAGCCAAAUUGAUAAUUCUUUCUUCCUCGAAAAAGUUAAGGAAUAAAUCAAAGAAAUCGAAGUUAUCUCGAGAUAUCUCGAACUAAUUCGGCUCUCACUUCGUCAAAUAGCCGAACAAAACCGAAAACCUACAGACUGCGUGCCCAAUCUUGUCAAAAAAAGUCAACUUUGAUACAUUCCUGAGGGUCGCGAAUCCUUUACUUCGCGCUCCGCCGAAGUAAAAAAAGAAAGAUCGAGGUUUAUUGAACUCUAUUAACCAUAUGGUAAAACAGGGGACUGUCAGUUCUCAAACACCCAAACCUAGAGUUCAUAACCAGUAGUCCAUUUUCCUUGCUUCUCGCAAAUUUCAGUGGUCUGCUAAAAGGCUGCCGUUAAAUCAAACAAAGGGCCUUUGCCAUCUUUCAUUUCCUUAUUGAAGCCCCCCUUCUAGUUUGGGAUUUUGUUACGCUCAUUGCUUGAAGGCGGUGCACAUUGGCUGAAGGAGAUAAUUAAUAACAACUACGUUUUGUUCAGCAAAUCGCCUUAUGCAAGCAUGGUUAUACAGGUGGUUCAAUUCAUUUAUUUCACGGGCUUGAGAAGUUGCAAACCAAACUGUUUUUAGUUAGGUCGCUUAGUGCAUUUAUCGUUACAGGGCGGACGCAAGCACCAAUUUUUGCAUGCAGUCUCUUUUCAACUUAUGAAAUAAAUUUAAUCGGGGAUCCAUCUGAAAUUUUUUUCUCCUCAAAGAAAGCGUGGAAAAUUAACGUUAUUUGCAUAAAUUCAAAAUGGCGGCGCCAAGGCAACAAAGUCAAGCAACUGCAAUUUCGUUGCGCUUGAAAUACAACUAUGACCCGCGUUUGGUAAUAAUAAUAAUGAUAAUAAUUAUAAUAUCGUUUUAUAAACCCGAAUCUGACUCGUUGAUUUAUGUUGGAUUAAAAGCUCUCGAAACUACAUGAGCCUCUUAAGCCUGCCAAAUAAUCUGUCUUAAUCGCACCUUCCAGCAAAGUACAUUAUUUCGAAGGCCGAUUGUAAGGCAGACCCAUGAAUUUUUAAAACUACUAACUUAGUCAACGAAAGAAGGGGAAGUACCCCGUGCUCUCUCCCCCCUCUGACAUUUACUGUUUGUAUUUGUAACAUCUAAAGUUUCAAGGAUUUUUUUCCCUCGUCGGCGUGCGCUACCAUACGAAAUGCAAUUGCAGAGUAGGGAACCUUUUAAGUGGGCUUUGUCAUAUUUGCAACUAGAAGAGUCUCCUUUUCCGCGAACAUUUGAGAGGCUCUUAACACGCUUUCUAAAGUUCUGGAACAUUUAGCCAAAGAGGGAUCCAUACAUUUUUUAAUUGUUCCAUCCAACCCUAUUCAUCUGGCGAAGAGAUCAUUGGCUGUACUUCGGUACUUGUAACCCAGCUAAGAGCUUGGUACAGCGCCCUUUUCGUGUGUUGUAGCAGAGGUGGUGCCACAGCCAGAAAUGGCAAGAAGCUUUGGAAGUGCUGUCGACAUUGAUGAUGUAAAGUCUGCAGUUUUUACCUUUGCCGAAGAUGACCCAGCAGGGACAUUAUUGCCUCCUGUCUGUGUUUUCAAGAGUGUGCAGUCUUGACUGUCUUGGGAUAAAAACUCAGGAAAAUCGGCCAUUACUGCACCAUCAGUGCAAGCUUUACUUGCCUUUGAAAAUUUUUCUGUGUUGAUACACCUUGCUCGUGAUUAAGAAAGUUUGGGGAUUAUCUAGAUCGCUAUCAGAAUAAAGUAUUCUCUGUUAAACUGUUUCAGCAGUCUUGACCGCUCUUUUCCUGAAAGCAUCAAGCGUGUAAUGCAGGUUGUCCAAUUCCUAUUUUUCCUAUUUUUUGAGCCUAUUCCUAUUUUCUCCUAUUUUUUAACUAAAACCUCCUAUUUUCCAAUUUUUUAGCUGGUGAAGCCGAAAUUGUAACAAAAUUGAAAAUAGAAUUAUAGGUGUAUGUGUUUUUGAGUGAGAUUUAUCAUAAAGCAAGUAGUAUUUUGACCUUGAUGUUCUGAUAUUGGCAAAAAUAAUAGUUACAUUUGUUCUUUCUAUGUCCUCUAUUGCCUAUUAGAGCUCUGUUUUAUAUUCUUACUUUUUGUAUAAUUUCUAGUGCACCUACAUGUAUUGUACGUCGUCUUAUAGUUCUCAUGACUAUUGAAUAAUAAUGUGCAUAGCCUACUGAAACUGCAUUUCAGUAUGUACGUUUUUAUGUUUAUUGUUGACACUGAAAACAGGAUCAAGUUGUCCUCUCGCAACAAAGGACAGAUAAAUCAUCCAAUCAGCGUCUUGUUUAAAAAACCAAUCACUAGCUGAUUCUCGAUGCUAAAUGAAAAGAACAGACAGUAAAGUUUAGUUUACAGCGCUAGCCCCCUUGGUGAGCCCUUAGCUUGUUAACAGCUAUACCUAAGCAACUGACGAAGGAUCCAAUAUUUUGGUUGCAAAACCGGUCUUGCAGUCAUAGCUAAGCAGAGUGUUAUAUUCUUCUUAGAACUUAACCAUUCUUUCCAAUCAAAAAAGUAUCAUAAUUAUAACAUAGCUUCCGUAGGAGCGCCCAAGAGUUUUCACAUGCUUCUGUGGUGUGGAACAUUCAGAGGCACCCAACGACUGUUUCUGUAAAAUAUCUGUUCGGAGAAGCAAAAAUUGCCUAGCAUUUUCUAUAGCUUGAGGAAGGCUAAAAAGUUCUAGGUAAACGUUUCGUUCGUGUACAAUUUUCGAUACAUAUCUAAUAAAUUCCCUACGAUUUUCUUAAGUUUAAUUUUUUGAAUUUCACUCCCCAGGUUAAACCAUUUUUCGUAGAAAAAGGAAUCCUAAAUUUUUCGGAUUCGAAAAUGUGAUGGAAAGAGCAAUCAGAAAAAUUGUUACUUUCGUAAACUUUAAAUUGUAUCUAAAAUUUUCGGGAAAAUAGUACUGAAGCCCUUGCAAUUUCGAAGAGACUCAAGCCUGCCCUAGAAUGACCAAACAGAUACAAAUUUUAUAACGCCGCUUAAAAUGCAUUUCUAGAGAUCAAAAAGUUCUCUAGGUAGCCUUAAGAUUGUUUUCAAUGUAUUUCACAGAAACCGUCGUUGGGUGCCCUGAACAUUACUCAUGUUUGACGCAAAAAUCCGCCUGGAUCCACGGAUUAAAAUGUUUAAUAGUCAGUAAUGAAACAUUCUGGCGAUUUUGGUGCUUGUUUCCGCGAUGUAAUGUUAUUGCGAAAAUUUGGCUUUAAGCGACCUGACUAUUUAGACAAAUAUCUACAACAAAGUUUGGUUCUCAUUUAUUCUCAACAGUUGGCUUGGUUGCCGAGCAUAUUGAAAUCAUUCGCCAGAAGUACAAGCGUCAUGAGGGAUGGCUCGCACCCUUUCCUUGGUGUGAAGACUUUCAGUUUCGACUAAGCGAUAUUUAUACACGGCUUCGUAUGGUCAGCAGAGAGAAAAAAGCGAGAGGAACAGCGGAGCAGAGAGUUGUUGAAACGACUGAAAUCUUCAAACCCCACGAAGAAUGCGACCGACCUAGAAAAGUACUGAUUGAAGGAACGCCAGGUAUGGGAAAGACGACAUACUGCAAUAAGGUUGCUUACGACUGGGCUAUACACAUAAAAAAACAAGGAGACUGCUUUCCGGAAUUUGAGAUAGUACUCCUGCUGAAAUGCCGUGAUGUCGAGAUCGAGUCCGACCUUUGGGAAGCCAUUGACGAUCAGCUUUUGCCAGGUGAAAUUCACCAAAAGGAAAGACAGAAAUUCUUCGACUUCAUUCGGGAAAAUCAAUCAAAGGUUCUUCUGAUACUUGACGGAUUGGACGAGCUACCUUCGAGCAAACUGCCGGAGUUUACCGAUAUCAUACAAGGUAAAAUACUUCCCCUAUGUCACCUUGUGGUUACAGCGCGACACGAGGCUGGGAUACCAGUGAGAAAAGUUUGUGACACUCUGCUAGAGAUUGAAGGUUUCACUUAUGAAGAUGUCAAAGAAUUUAUUCACAAAUAUUUUGUCGGCAAGGAAGAUUUGGCCGAAAAGCUCUUGGAUAAAAUACAGAACGAGGAAAGUCUCACAAAGAUGGCGGCAAACCCUUUAAACACUGCACUGCUUUGUCUUCUUUGUGAAGACUUUCAAGGUAUUUUACCUGAAAGCAGAACUCAGUUGUACUCGGAAAUAGUACAAUGUGUUCUUAUCAGAUACAGGAAAAAGAGAGGUCUUCCAGUGCAAAAUGAGGAUCUGAUUGAAAUCUACAAAGAUCAGUUGAAACUCCUUGGCUUAUUAGCUUUAAACGGCCUGUAUGAAGACAACACGUACUUUGAGGAAAAACAGCUUUCAAGUGAAAAUGCCGACUUACCUGAAUUUGGCUUUCUGUCAGCUGAACCUGGAAGCAGCAAACGAAGGCCGUGUCUGCGCUACGGCUUUACGCAUAAGAGUUUUCAAGAAUUCUUCGCAGGGUAUUAUCUUUGUUGCCAGCUUGUUAGCGAAGAAAUCAGUCCCUUUAUAUUAGUCAAUGACACAAGACAUUUCCAUGAGCUGAUAGAGGUAUUAAAAUUUACCUGUGGUCUGCUAGCAGUGAGAUCUAAAGAAAGUACAAAAAUAGAAUCCCUUAUCCUCUGCAUAGCGAAUGAGGUAAACGAAGAAGAUGAGGGAAAAUGUUUACCUGUCGCAUUGGAGUGCAUAAGGGAAUGCAAAAUUGAAAACAGUUAUUUUCAUAUAGAACUGGCACGUACGUUUGGCCUAAUUCUGGAAGUUCAAGAGGCUGAUCUUCGAGGGUAA